AUGAUCUCGUGGAACACGGGCUCUGAGGAGACCUCAGGAAAGCAUGCACCGGUUCUGGUGUUGGCUGCCCUUAUGGCUGCCUCCCUCGCCCGCCCUGAAUCACCCUCAGGGCACCCUUCACCACCCAACAAUACCCCUGCCUACCCUAGACCAUCAUAUGCUGUUCCUGCUUAUCCGGAUUUUCCUGCUAGGUACAGCUCCCAGUUUGCUGUCAAGGACGACUCCGGCAACGACUUCGGCCAUGAAGAGUCUCGCGACGGCCACGACACCCAGGGAACGUAUUACGUCCAGCUUCCCGACGGUCGUGUGCAGAAGGUGACUUACGUCGUCAACGGCGACUCCGGCUUCGUACCUGAAAUAAGCUACGAGGGCGAGGCCAAGUAUCAGCCCAUCCCCGCUCAAAGCUACAAGCCUGACCCCAGCUACAAGCCUGACCCCAGCUACAAGGCCGCUCCCAGCUACAAGCCUGACCCCAGCUACAAGCCUGACCCCAGCUACAAGGCCGCUCCCAGCUACAAGCCUGACAGCUAUACGCCCACCCCAGCUUAUGCAUGA